AAGACAGCAGCAGUAGCGACGCCGCCAAGCAGCCUUCUACACUCAAAGGUCCGACUGCCCGGUUUCCUAGCGGGCGAGGGGAGCAGAAUCGGAUACAGCCACACACCGAAGAAGGAGGAGGGAGGCUGAAGGCAGUCGCCAGUACAGAAGAGGAUGGAUUUCCAGCAGCUGGCUGACGUUGCAGAUAAAUGGUGCUCCAACACCCCCUUCGAGCUUAUUGCCACGGAGGAGACUGAGAGGAGGAUGGAUUUCUACGCAGACCCAGGCAUUUCUUUUUACGUCUUGUGCCCGGAGAACGGAUGCGAAGACAAUUUUCACGUCUGGAGUGAAAGUGAGGACUGUUUGCCCUUUCUGCAGUUGGCUCAAGACUACAUUUCUUCGUGUGGUAAAAAGACACUACAUGAAAUUCUGGAAAAAGUCUUCAAAUCAUUUAGACCACUAUUGGGGCUCCCAGAUGUGGAUGAUGCCUUUGAAGAAUAUCAUGCAGAUGUGGAAGAAGAGGAGGCCGAAGCUGAUCCUCAGCAGAUGGGUGUCAGUCAGCAGUAAUAUUCAGAGGAAUUAGUGUGUG